GAAAUAAAAACAAGAAGAUUUAAGUAGGGCGAGGAGUUAGCUGUUACUGUACUGUUUUAACAGGGUUACUUCCCUUGGUCUUACAUCUAAGCCAACGGCUUGCCCAGAACAAAUGAAGACAAUACAAGCAAAUCUAAGGACCACAAAUAUCAAAUUCCGUUAACGGCCAUAAGAAAUUAUGUCGAGGUCAUCGCUCUCGUCAGCAAUUUUUUUUCUCUCCCGAAAGAAAAACAACUCAAUACUUGAUGGGCGAACACGAAGAAAGUAAUGAAUCAGUAAAGGAAUGAAAGCUUAUGAAUAGAGAGAGUAUUUCUGAGGAGUAGUUUGGGCAUGUUUGCUAAUUAGAGGAGGCUGGACUGGACACAUGCACAUCAAGUUUAGUGUCUGAUUUCCUGCGCUCAAUAAAAUCAGCAACCAAUCUGGGGAUAGGCUAUCGGGGCUAAUCUGAUGCAUCUCCAAUUUCUUGUUUCCAUGUCUAACUUCCCCGCCAUCGCUUGUAAUAUGGCCCAAAAAGCAAUGUUUCACGAGAGCCACUAAGGAACGCUUCUGAUACAGACCAGUUCACUGGUUCUAAUCCGCCUGGAAUCUGGACGCAUGUGAAUGUUGAGCGCACAAAUUGGAACCACAUAGAUAGAGCCUCAUGCGUCAUUUAUAAUUUUGGACCCAUAUAUUCUGCUCUCUCCUCCUCUUCUUUCUUGUCAGAUCAGAUUUGUGCUCACCAGAACGUACCGAAUAUGGUCGGCACGGAUGGAUUCAUGACCAGCACAAUUAUUCUAUAUUGAUAAAUUAUAAAAUAAAACAAACAAUCAUAAUAUAUACUGCUGCUACAACAAGAGAAGGCACGUAGCUACGUUCUCCCGUCGAUCUCCUUUUAGUGACAUCCCAAUGCUUUUAAAAAACACAUUCCAGCCAUCUUUAUAAAUCAGCCUCCAUCCAUCCCUCGCUCACUCCUUCUUCACUUCCAUCCCCAUGGCUUCUCUCUCUUGCUCCGCCGCUGACCUUGCCCCACUCCUCACCGCCGCCACCAAUGCAACCGGUGCUGCCACCUAUCUCUGUACCCAACUCGAAGCCAUAUCCGUCAAGCUAAGCGACACCACCUACGCCGUCAACAACACCUAUCUUCUGUUCUCAGCGUAUCUGGUGUUCGCCAUGCAACUUGGUUUCGCCAUGCUGUGCGCCGGUUCCGUGCGAGCCAAGAACACCAUGAACAUCAUGCUCACCAACGUGCUCGAUGCCGCUGCCGGCGGUCUCUCUUACUAUCUCUUUGGAUUUGCCUUCGCAUUCGGGUCUCCCUCCAACGGCUUCAUCGGUCGCCACUUCUUCGGCCUCCGACACUUCCCUUCUCCGUCCGGAGACUACAGCUUCUUCCUGUAUCAAUGGGCUUUUGCCAUAGCAGCCGCAGGAAUCACCAGCGGCUCCAUUGCUGAGAGAACCCAAUUCGUAGCUUACCUCAUCUACUCCUCUUUUCUCACCGGCUUCGUAUACCCCGUCGUUUCCCAUUGGUUCUGGUCCGCUGACGGAUGGGCCAGCCCCACUCGGGCCGGCAGCCUUUUAUUUGGGUCCGGUGCCAUUGACUUCGCUGGUUCGGGUGUGGUACACAUGGUGGGCGGCAUAGCAGGGUUGUGGGGUGCUUAUCUGGAAGGUCCAAGAAUUGGGAGAUUCGACCGGACAGGCCGGUCUGUGGCCUUGCGGGGGCACAGCGCUUCCCUCGUUGUGUUGGGAACCUUCUUGUUAUGGUUCGGGUGGUACGGGUUUAACCCGGGCUCUUUCCUGACGAUCUUGAAGGGAUAUGGAGGAGGUGGGAGUUAUUAUGGUCAAUGGAGUGCGAUAGGUAGAACAGCCGUGACGACGACAUUGGCUGGGUGCACGGCAGCGCUGACCACCUUGUUCGGAAAACGCUUGUUGGUGGGACACUGGAACGUGAUAGACGUGUGUAACGGGAUGCUCGGGGGCUUUGCGGGGAUAACGUCCGGGUGCUCCGUGGUAGAGCCAUGGGCGGCGAUCAUAUGCGGCUUCGUGGCGGCAUGGGUGCUGAUUGGGCUGAACAAGCUGGCGGCGAGGGCGGAGUACGACGACCCGCUGGAGGCAGCGCAGCUGCACGGAGGGUGCGGAGCGUGGGGAUUGCUGUUCACGGGACUGUUGGCGAAGAAGGAAUACGUGGAGGAGGUGUACGGAGGAGGGAGGAAGUACGGGCUGCUGAUGGGAGGGGGAGGGAGGCUGAUGGCGGCGCAGGUGGUAGGGAUAGUGGUAGUGUGCGGGUGGGUGACGGCGACGAUGGGGCCGCUGUUCUACGUGCUGAAUAAGAUGAAGCUGCUGAGGAUAUCGAGGGAAGACGAGAUGGCGGGAAUGGAUCUGACGAGGCAUGGCGGCUUUGCAUAUGCAUACCACGACGAAGAAGAAAGCGUGAGGCCUGGCAGCUUCAUGAUGGGCAAGAUCGAGCCUGCUAACUCCCUCGCCACCACUCCCACCCCGUAGUCCUCUUGCCGCUUUAUAUCAUAUCAUAAUCACAACGCUUUCCUCUCCCAUCUGCUUUCAUUUCCUCCUCAUCUCUUGUUUCCACCUACACUGAUCACUAGACCGUACCCCCCUUCAAUUUCAAUAAUUAAUUAUCUU